GGGACAAAGUUCAUAAGAAGAUGUCAUCAUGUGUACGAUGAUGAGAUCAGAUUUGUUUCUGAAUUAAGGCAUCUAAUAUCUCUGACCUUAGUUGGAGCUUACAAACUGAGCGGAUCAGUAUGGCCACAAAUUGCUGAGAAUUGCACCGAUUUGAAAAUAUUGAACGUUGCUGAUCUAGGUCCGGCUCUCUCGACUAAUAGCUUCAGUCAUGCUUUACAAAAAAUGAACAAUUUAAAAGAUUUGAGAAUUGAACAGUCGCAACUCAAUCUGAAUGAGAUAUUUUUUGCUAGCCUUAAAUUAUGCACGUCCUUAGAAAGACUAGUCAUUAUCUCAGAUGGUACUAAAUUGGAGCAUAAGAAUCUUCUAAACGAUAUCGUUAUUAUGCCAUCUUUGCUAGUUUUACAUGUAUUCACCUUAACGUCGUGGGCCUCGAUCAGACCUAUCCUGAAACCAUUUGUUAAAAGGGCUAAAAUGGAUAAACCCUCAAUGAAUAUUUUUAUAUGUUCAUUGGUUACCAAUGAAUUCAAGGUUGAUUUACUACAUCGUAACUUACCAAACGUGCAUUUCAACGAAUUAACAGGAUUCCGUUCAAAUGUUGCAUUUGUGAUAUAGAACUUUUUCAAUCUUUUUGAUGCAAUUAUGUUGUUAUUAGUAACAAUAAAUGCAUUAUAUAUCCAAUAUAGUAUUCACUGGAUGCCAUACAUAGCUAUGAAUUUUUAACGUUUGCUCAAGCGGUAUUGUAAUGCCUGUUUCGUUUAAGCAAAAGCUUGUUCGGAAACUUAUAAACCGGUUAAUUUCUGCUUGAACCUGUUUACAUUUCGAGUAUACGACAAUUAAUACAACAGACGGAGUUUUAUUGACUGUAAGCACAUAUUAUUUAAAUUUUCUGCAAAUUCUAAGUUGUAAUUUACAUUGUAACAAUAAACCAAAACUGAUUGGAGUGUGUAACUUAAUUACUGGAUUGAUAAAUUAUCGUUUCUAACAUAAAAGAAAUUUGUUAUGUAUGUAUAAUAUCGUAUUGCAAAGUUGUCGAAAUGAAUGGCUGCGCUAUUCCGUAUACUCCGAUUGCCGUUGACUUUUGGAAGGUGCGUCAGUCACCAAGGAUAAAAUUGUUUUUCGCAUCUCAUGCCCACAUGGAUUCGUCUUCUGGUUUAACUCAUACUUGGUCUAAAUCGAUCUAUUGUAGUUCAAUCACCAAGAAAUUGCUCAUCUACAGAUUAUCGGUCAAAGCCGAUAUUAUACAUGAACUAGAGAUCAACGUUCCCAAUAUAAUUAACCUAAACGAGGAUGAGAAAAUGGUCGUUACUUGUUUCGACGCCAACCACUACCCAGGCUCGGUCAUGUUUUUAUUUGAAGGUUAUUUCGGCAGAAUUUUAUACACUGGAGACUUCAGGUAUCGCGACGAGAUGUUUGGUGCCUGCAUGAAGUCCUUGCUCUCGACACCUGUUGACGUUCUCUACCUCGACAACAAUUACUGCAAUCCAAAGUGCUUGUUUCCUUCGAAAUCUGAUUGCGUCGCCCAGAUAAUAAAUUUAAUAAAGAACAACUACCGAUCAAAAAUAAUUUUGGGGAUGAACGCGCUUGGAAAAGAAGAUUUACUGUAUUUUCUUUCAAAUUAUUUCAAUUGUUCCAUUAAAGUAAAUGAAGAUAGAUUGAAAUUGCAGAGUAUUUUGUAUGAAAAUAACAAAACUUCCAUCUAUAGUCAAACGUCGAACACUCCAAACAUAGAAGUUAUAACUUUAAAUGAGUUGGAUAACGCAAUUAAACACAUUAAUGAGUCUUAUAUUGUCAUUAUUCCUACAGCGGCUUUCAUGAUAUCGGCUGAUUACCAGCUAUUUAAAAACAGGCCUUUCAUUCAUAUGAUACCGUAUUCUGGUCAUUCUUCUUAUACUGAACUUGUCCAUUUCGUUUCGAAAAUUCGUCCUCGAACUGUUAUUCCCAUCACAAAACCGGUUUUCAGCGAACCUUAUGUCAGUGCAUUGAUUGACAGAUAUAAUUUAGAUUGUUUCCAGACAUUUAUGGACAAGAGUCCAAAACACCAUUAUCACAUUCCUAAGUCCAUUUUAGAAAUAAUGAACCAAAAUAGUAAAAGAUCAAAAAAAAGAAGAAACAUACCUCUAGAAAUUGUUACCGAUUUGGUGAUUGCGAAACGAUCUACACCGAACACAAAUAAAAAUGACAUUUUGAAUGAAAAAACGGAUUUAUUAACUUGUAAAAAACAAUCAAGCAUUGUAAAAUGUUUCAGACCUUUCAAAAAAGAAAAUGAAAUUAAUAUUAAAAAGUGUCUUUCAGCAGAACAUUUGACGAAAGCAACUUGCUCGUAUUUGUUCAGAACCAAAUCAACUGAAUUUAAAAAUAGAAAGCUCAAAAUCGAUUGUGUCGUGAAUUGUCCACGUUCAAAUUUGAAACGAUGUCACAGAGCUAGGCUUUGCAGCCCAUCUCGUUGUCAAACAGUUUGUCGACAUCACGAUGAUAUUGAUGAAUUUAUUUAUCAGCAACAAUCUAAAAGGAAAAUGUUAUCCACGAACGAAGCUUUUUUAAAAGUUAACAUCUCAUGCAAUUUCAAUCAACCAACAUCCUCUUCCAAUUUAGUUGAAAGCAAAUCUUCAUUUGAAACAAUUGAUAAAAAUGAUGCAAUUACCGCUGUCACCAUAAACAAAGAAGAAAAUAUAGUUUCUGGUGCUGCCCUUUCCGAUAAUGCUAACAAUACUAACUCGAUUGAAAAAUGGAUUUACACGGCACCUAAAAAGCAAUGGAGAGAUAAGUUCAUCAACACUUAGACUUUUUGAUUUGUCAUCUUGUGUGCAUUUUAAAACAUUAACAGUUAAAAUUUUCAGGCCCCAAUCAUUAUUUCUUUUUAUCCCUUUAUAUUGAUAUUUGUCAUUUA